AUUUGAUCGCUGCAGCCAUGUGACUACUGUGACGUCACCGGUCUUGCAGCAGAAGUAGAACUAACAACUAACCGUGUUUAUGAAGUUAUAGGUCAGUGUUACUGUGACAAGGUGAGUACCUGUUACUCAGUGUCACGCACGUCAAUAAGAGACCACAAACAGUUAUUGAAGUAUUGGGCUGAUUCAUGUGUGACCAUCAAGAAGAGGACAGAGAAAAACCAAACCUCAGAGAUCUACAUAAUGACUGGACAGAGAAGAACCAAACCUCAGAGAUCUACAUAAUGACUGGGAAGAAAUAAAUGGAGUUUGAUGAAGUUGCAGUUUAUUUCUCGGAGGAGGAGUGGGGCUGUUUAGCUGAAGAACAAAAAGAGCUUUAUAAGGAUGUGAUGUUGGAGAAUUACCAGACCCUCAGGUCUCUAGGAUAUGUUCCUGAGAAACCUUUACUUGUUACACAGAUUGAGAACAGAGAGGAGCCGUAUGUGGGCACUUUUCCUAUUACCGAAGGCUUGGAUUAUAGUCAUGGACAGUAUACUGAUACUUCUUUCAGCCAUUUUCAAAAUCAAAGUAGCCACAUGGAAAAUGUAUGUUCUGAAUGUGGGAAAUGUUUUACUCUGAAAUCACAUCUUGCUAAACAUCAGAAAAUUCAUACAGGAGAGAAAGCAUUUUCAUGUUCUGUCUGUGGUAAAACUUUUGCUCUGAAAUCAUAUCUUACUAAACAUCAGAAAACUCAUACAGGAGAGAAAGCAUUUUCGUGCUCUGAAUGUGGGAAAUGUUUUGCUCGGAAAUCACAUCUUAUUACUCAUCAGAACGUUCAUACAGGAGAAAAAGAAGUUUCGUGUUCUGAAUGUGGGAAAUGUUUUACUCGGAAGUCAACUCUUAAUACUCAUCGAAAAAUUCAUACUGGAGAGAAAGCAUUUUCAUGUUCUGACUGUGGGAAACGUUUUAUUAUGAAAUCAGAUCUUAAAAAGCAUCUGCCAAUUCAUACUGGAGAAAAAGCAUUUUCAUGUUUUGAAUGUGGGAAAUGUUUUACUCUGAAAUCACAUCUUAUUAUUCAUCAACAGAUUCAUGCAGGAGAUAAAGCAUUUUCUUGUUCUGAAUGUGGGAGAUGCUUUACUCUGAAAUCAUAUCUUAUUAAGCAUCAGAAAAUUCAUACAGGAGAGAAGGCAUUUUCAUGUUCUGACUGUGGGAAAUGUUUUACUCUGAAAACUUAUCUUAUUGCUCAUCAGAAAAUUCAUACAUGAAAUAUAUCAAUUUGAUAUUCAGAACACAUUAAAAGAUAUUAAGAACACAUUAAAAGCCAACUAUUAAGCCAGUGAGUUUAGAAUAUAGCUCAAAUAGAUGUGCUCUAUGGCUAGUAACAUUAUGUUAAUACCAUAUAUGGUAGCCACUGUGCUAUCUAAGCAAUUACAUUUUGCUGGCUGGCUUCAUUUCUGUUACUUGGUUACUGUGCCUUAAAGGAACACUAACCCCAUUGUUUUCUUUCAUGAUUCAGAUAGAACAUGCAGUUUUAAGCAACUUUCUAAUUUACUCCUAUUAUCAAUUUUUCUUCAUUCUCUUGCUAUCUUUAAUUAAAUAUCAGGAAUGUGAUGAAUAGAAGCCGGCCCCUUUUUGGUUGACAACCUGAGUUAUGCUUGCUUAUUGGUGGGUAAAUGUAAGCCUCCAAUAAGCAAGCACUAUCCAUAGUGCUGAACCUAAAAUGGGCUGGCUGCUAAGAUUUACAUUCCUGCUUUUAAAAUAAAGAUAGCAAGGGGAGGAGCUAGCCAGCAGCCUAGACAGACACAAUUUAACAGAUCUCUAGUUAAAACCUGUCAUUUAUUAGCUCUAAAAAGCACUAUUUAGGAGCUGAUUCCCAGAAAAAAAACUUUGGAACAGUAUUUACUCACUACAAGAGACCAUUGGCUGAAAUUUGGCUGAGUUUGAGACAUUUCGAUCUACCCAGAAAGGAGUUCCAGAGGAUUUUCAGGAAAAUCCCAGGCUUCGGCCUACCUCGGAAAUCUCUGGCUCAUUAAAGUGCCUGAAAUCUUCAUGAAAAAAUAAGAUUAAAGCAGGCAGAACUACCAUCCCUGAUAAAUAACUGCACAUCAGGAUCUAAGCAGGUAUUAAAUAUAGGCAGAUCACACAUUAAAGACUGAAAGGUGGAGAAAAGAAGGAACUUUCAAUCAAAGUGUGAGUAACAAACAAGCAGCAAACCACUGUGUGUAAUAUACAUCACUGUCAUCUAGAUAUUUCAGAAACUUACACUAGCAAAAAUCAGACUAUCAAGGAACUACUUUCAUUGUAUUUUCAUUAGAGGCUACAAGGCCUAAUAUUGAGACUCCAUUUUAUGGGAGUAUUGGACAUUGUAAGGGCUAUAAAGCUAAUAUAAUGAACUAAAACGAUGACAACAAGAACAUAAGCAACUAAUAAACUCUUCAUUUACCUGAAGAUUGCACAUGCAAAUGUAAAGGGAAAUAAAUAGGAAGUUUGGUUCAGUAUCUCUUCUAUAAGGGUUUUCACAGAUAACAACUACAAGACUCUAACCUGAAGGUGCAACUUCAGUGGUGUUUUCAGGAUAUGAUUAGAGAACUUUUCAGGGCCCUAAAAGUCAGGAGAUGGAGAUACUGCAAUUUCCUAUGUAAAAACCAAUAAUAAUGCUCUGCACCAUCAUAUAUAAAGUUCAAAAGCAAUGUUAAAGCAUUAAAUAUCAACCUGGAACGAAUAAAGCCAGUCAUGAUCUUUAAAUAAAUGUAAUAUGAGAGAAUAAAUCCAUACUUUUGCCCUUCAUUCAUAAUAAUUAAAUUGCACGCUAAGAAGCCUGGCGACAUAGAGUGGAAGAUACACUCUGAACUGAUUAAGGGAAGACGUAAAUAAUUUUUUCAAGAUGAAGAGCAGAAACCAAUCUGUGAAAGAGUGCCUCACUAAGUCACAGCUAAAAUUGAAAGCAGCAGACAAAGCUAAUAGUCCUCCAAAACAACAUACUCAAGCAGAAACAUCAGAUGAAGAGGUGGGACAACCUGGAGAUAUACCAAAUAAUGAGCUUCUGUUUCAAAUCAAAACUUUCUGCCAUGAGGAACUAAAAACAGCUUUAUAUGACCUUAAGCAAGACAUCAAAGAGAUUGGAGGAAGAACAACGGAGAUUGAAAAUAGGCUGGAAGAUAUCUCAGAAGACAUCCCUCAGAUUAAAACUACUCUAAUGGAUCAUUCUAUAUACAUCAAGAAGUAGAAGAUUUGGAAAAUAGAUUGAGGCGCUCCAAUCUCAGAAUAAGGAAUCUUCCAGAAGAGUACAAAACUUUGCAAGCAGAUGUAACUGAGAUUUUUCAUCAACUUGUCCCGGAUACAGAACCCUCCAUGUUUUUGAUGGACAGGGUGCAUAGAGCCUUAACCAAACCCUCUCAAUCCAAGACAAGAGAUGUAGUAGUCAAACUACAUUAUUUCCAUGUUAAAGAACUAAUACUUCAAGCUGCAAGACAAGCAUGCACAUCUAUCACCAGUGACACUAAGAAGGCGAAGAGAAUUGAAACCAGUAGUGACAGCCCUCAUAUGAGAAAAAUUGAGAUAUAGAUGGAACUUUCCGUUCAAAUUAAUCUUCACAUGUAAGAACUCCACCUAUUCAUGCACCACGGUUGAAGAGGGACGGUUGCUGCUUGCCAAGCUUGAGAUUCCAAUAGAGGAAGAUGUUUCGCCGGACCCCCCACAAACCACUAGGAGACUACCACAGAAAGAAUGGACUGAGGUAAAUAGGAAUGGGAGACCUAAAAAACCCAAAUCUAAUGUCACAAGAGAAGAUGGUGGAAGCAACAAUAGCACAGAGGCAUACCCAGUGCCGUGAUUCUCUCAACAGAGACAGCUUCGAGGUUUGAUAAAGAGAAAAAGAAAACCGAAGUGUGAUCUAUGGAUUAUACAAUGAUAAUAAUAAUAUUUAAGAUGAAGGUACUGUUACCAGAACGAUGAACAAUGUUGAAAGGGGGUAAUCUCAUUGUUUGCUUGCUCUCCUCUACCCUAAUUAUUCAUUCUUCUUUACCCCCAGCUUUUUCCCACUCAUUCCCUUCUAACCUUCCCCUAAUACUAAUACUUGAUCUUCACUGAUGCUAAUACCAAGGAUAUGAUUGGUUCUCUAAAAUCUGCUUUAUGUGACAGGAUGAGAUCAUAGAUCAAUAUAUGUUAGUUCCAGAGUUGAUUAUAUUGUUUAUUUUUAUUUAAAACAAGAAAAACGUUCAAAUGUUAUUCAAUUGUUCAAACACACUAAGUUUUAUGUUAAUGUUAUGUUUUUAUAUAUGUUUAUAUGCAGUCUCAAGUGUCAUCAAAAUAGAAGUUCACAAGACAAUUAAUAUAAAGGGUAAUAUUCGAGGUAUUAAGAAUGUUGCUUUCCUAAGAUGUUCAGGUAUAAAGGUAAGAGGUAUAGAUAGGCGACUUAUAAAGAGGACCUAUAUAAGCAGUGCUCGAGGUAAGAAGUCAUAUUCAUUACAUUAAUUUCACACAAUGUUAGGGGGCAUAACUCCAACACAAAAAGGAAAAAAGCUAUUAUAGAUUACAAGGCCCAGAAAGCCCAAAUAAUAAUGCUCCAAGAAACGCACUUCACCUCAGAUGUAACACCUAAAUAUUGGGAUAAGAGCUUUCCAUUGCAAUACCAUGCAUUCACUGACAAGAAAAAAUGCAGAGUUUCCAUCCUCAUACAUACCUCUCUGAACUUUAAGGAGGAAGAGAUAGUUAAAGAUAAGGGAGGGAGAUUUCUAAUAGUCAAGGGGACAAUCCAUAACGUCCCAGUGGUAUUAAUGAAUGUAUAUGCACCUAGUGAGAAUCAGGGCCCCUUCAUCACUAAAAUAAGCAGACUACUCCUGUCAUGGAAGAGAAGUAAAAUCAUAAUAGGAGGAGAUUUUUAAUUUAACGUUAAAUGAUGAUCUAGAUAGAACUUCACAAACACCCCAUAAAAAAUGGAGAACAACACCAGCCCAACAGCUUCUAGCUGACUUAUUACUAGACUUCAAUCUAAUAGACAGUUGGAGGGCACUUAACAAGGGAGCUAAAGAUUUCACUUAUUACUCCACAGUGCAUGGUACCUAUUCAAGAAUAGACUUGAUCCUAAUCAGUCAGGUCCUAUUGUCACUGGUAAAGCUAGCGUUUAUUCAUAACUGUUUAUGGUCUGAUCACGAUAUGAUGAUAAUUGAUCUAGAGGGAAUGAUCAACCCCAUUAGAGUUAGAUCCUGGUCACUCCACCCUAGCCUACUUCAGAAUACCAUUGUUCUUCAGAAAGUACAGCAGCAUAUUAAAGAUUUUGUAGAUAUUAAUGCAGGAUUAACAUCCAAUCCAAAUUUUGUAUGGAGUGCACUUAAGGCCUCGGUGAGAGGCCUGCUAAUUGCCGAAUCUAACAGAAUAAAGAAGAAUUAUAAUGCCAAACUAGAUAGCUUGAGGGUAGAAAUUGCUGCACUCAGAGAACAAAUAAAAAAAGCCCCCCAAAAAAGGUCUUAAAAUUACUUAAAAUUAAAAACAAAGAAAUAAACCAACUAUUAGAAGUGAUCCAGUCGAUAAAAGCGGUAGACACCAGAUAUUAUAUUUACGCAAACAAACCAGAUAGGAUGCUGGCAAAUAAACUAAAAGACCUGACAAGGGCGACUACAAUCCCACAAAUACAAACUACCUCGGGACAAGUCACAAAUGAUCCCCUACAAAUAGCCAAUGAGUUUGCCAACUUUUAUAACAAUCUUUAUAAUUUACCUAGUAGUAAUAAAAAUAAUAACAAGAGAGAAGAAUUGAUUAGAUUCCUAGAAGAUAGCAAAUUAAAAACUAUCACAGAAGAAGAACUAGAUAAUUUGAACUCCCCCAUAACAAUACAAGAGAUUAUGCUGGCUAUCAAAGAACUUAAGAAAAACAAAGCACCAGGCCCUGAUGGGUUUCCAGGCUCAUUUUAUAAAGACCUGCAGUUAUCACUGGCUCCCCAAUUGAGGAUACUGUUUAAUAACAUCUUGCAAGGAGUAGAUAUUCCCCCAGAUUUGUUGACUGCAAGGGUGACGGUCAUUCCAAAACCUGGCAAGAGCAAACAAUACUGCCAAAAUUACCGGCCAAUUUCCUUAAUCAACCAGGACCUAAAAUUAUUCACAAAAAUUCUGGCUAACUGAUUGACCCUACCCGUUAGAAAUUUGAUAGACAAUGACCAAGUGGGUUUCAUCUCGCAAAGAGAGGCACCAGAUAACACUAGGAAAGUGAUUGACCUGAUUAAUUAUGCGACAGUUGGGAAGAUGCCUUCUCUGUUUCUAGCAUUGGACGCAGAGAAGGCAUUUGAUAGAGUUAACUGGGAAUACAUGUUUGCAGUGCUUAGCAAAAUGGGAUUUAAAGGCCCCUUCACUACUGCCUUAAAAAAGAUUCAAGCCCAGGUGCAUACAUAAGACUCUCAGGGUAUCAAUCAGACAGAAUAAAAAUCCAUAAUGGCACAAGACAAGGUUGCCCCCUGUCACCCCUACUUUUUGCUCUAUGUGUUGAGCCAUUGGCGGUUAGGAUAAGGGAUAAUCCAAAUAUUGCAGGUAUACGGGUGGGGGAUAAGGAAUAUAAAAUUUCAUUAUUUGCUGAUGACGUCAUCCUUGCAGUCACAAAACCUUUACUUUCGCUCCCGAUGGUAUAUUCCAUAAUAAAUAAAUUUGGACAGUUGUCUGGAUAUAAAAUUAAUGAAGGCAAGUGUGAGGCCCUUAGCACAUAUCUCCCAAAGCCAACAAAGAAAUUAUUAGAAAUUAACUUUACAUUUAAAUGGCCAAAUCAUCUCUCAAAUAUCUAGGAAUCAACCUCACAAAAGAUGUGCACUUACUUUAUAGGGAAAAUUAUGUCCCCAUGUUCACACAGAUUAGAGAGCUAUUAGUGAAAUGGACUAAAUUUAACAUCUCCCUGUAUGGAAGAGUAAUAUCUGUCAAAAUGACAAUAUUGCCCAAACUCCUAUACCUAUUCAGAACACUCCCAAUUUCAAUAACGUUGUCAGAAUUAUAUGUAAUGCAGAAGGCAAUUUUAAAAUUCAUUUGGGGAGAGAAAAGGGCUAGAAUAAACAAACACAAUAUGAUGAGACAUAGGGGAGAGGGAGGCAUUGGAUUACCUAACCUAAUAUCAUAUUAUUAUGCAGCUAGAUUGGCCCAGACCACACAAUGGUUUAAAUUAGGACUUACACCACAAUGGGUCCAACUAGAAAAAGACAUGCUUAAUGUAAGAAGAUUGGAUAAUAUUCUUUGGGCAACACAAGAAAACAGACCCGGUCACAUCAAACAGUUCAUUGCGAUCACACACACUGCUUUUAUUUGGGACACAGCGACUAGGAAGUAUCAUUUACUCAACGAGAGGUCCAGACUGACCCCGCUCUCCCCUCUUGAAUCUUUAGUUGACAUACAUACUCAAAGGAAAUGGGAGAAUAAAGGCCUCUACCGAAUAGCAGAUGUUUAUGUUAAUAGCGACCUACUAUCCUUCUCUCAAUAUGCAGAGCUAGGCACACCCGGACAAAAUGAGUGGUUCCACUACUUACAACUUAAAUCCAGAGUUCGAGAGAUAAUAGGAUUAGAUAAGCCUCCAAACAAUACUAUAUUAGAAUCACUAUGUUUAUCAAAGGAGGUUAGGAGGGGACUGAUAGCAUUGCUCUAUCCGGCUAUUAAUGGUGGCUCAAAUAGGGACAAGAGUGUAAUAAUGACUAAAUGGGAACAGGAUUUGGGCAGGACAUGGACAAUAGAUAACUGGGUAUCAAACAUUAAUAGAGGUCUAUCGUUUUCUCCAAAUGCCAUGUUGAAGGAAAACUAUAUUAAAGUACUCUAUAAAUGGUACAUAUAUCCCACAAGAUUUGCCAAUACACAGGACAGCAGGCCCCACUUGUGCUACAGGGGUUGUGGGGAGGAAGGGACAUACUUACACAUGUGGUGGCAUUGUGGAAAGGUUACAGAGAUUUGGAAUCAGACUUCAAGGUAUAUAAGCCUAAUUCUAGAAACUAAUAUCACACUUACCCCUGAACAGGCUUUGCUUCAUUUUCCUCCAGAUAAUAAAGUGAAAAGACAUCACAAGCUAAUAGCCUUGAUCUGCAUGGUUGUGAGAGUAAGCAUAGCUAGAUUUUGGAAGGUGGAUCCACCCUCAUUUGAAUAUAUUAAAAGGAGAAUAGAUUAUCACUUUACAAUGAGUAGCGCCUCGGCAGAGCUCCUUAAUACCAGGGAUAAGUUUAUACAACAGUGGGAACCAUAUAUUAUGUAUACUGAAAAAGGAAAUAGAGCUAGAAUGCUAGCAAACCAACAAGAUCAGUAGGAAACAAUCCGGUUAGAGUGCCUCAAUUAGUGAGAUAAUUGAGUCUUCUGGAGCAAGAUGAACUGGUAGAGAUGAGGGGGGGAAGAGAUAGGGAUUUGAUCAUGAUUGAGUCAGGCUAGAUGGAAAGCGGAAUUAACACACCAUUAUAUUUUGGAAUGUUACUGAAAGGUCGAUAAACCAAAAUUAUUCUUGUCUUGUGUGGAAAACUCACAUAUUCAAUCACUUGAAGGCUGCAAUGUUAUUGUAUUUGUAUUUUUUGUUUUUAUGUUUCUAGCUGUUAUUUAAGAUGCUGUAUGUAAUAACAUUCAAAAGUCAAUAAAAAAAAACUUUCAUAAAAAAAAUAAAGAUAGCAAGGGAACGAAGAAAAAUUGAUAAUAGGAGUAAAUUAGAAAGUUGCUUAAAUGUCAUGCACUAUCUGAAUCAUGAAAGAAAACAUUUGGGUUCAUUGUUCCUUUAAAGCUAUAUUUCAGAACAUUUCACUCCUGUACAUUGCUGGUCUUUUUUCUCAAUAGUGCAGUCUUGCUGCCAGCGACUAGCGAUGUACAAGUUACGUCGUGGUCAUUAAGGGGUUAAUUACUCCUAAGAAUUUAUUCUAUUGUUGGUGAGAGAUCAGAAUUAAUAUAUAUAUACAGUAUAUAUAUUUAGUAAUUAUACACAGUUCCCAGAACAUUGGAGUGUUCUAAUGUCACUGGUUUAAAUAAGCAAAGUGGUGUAAAGAUUGUUACAUUUUCUCUGAUGAACAUUCCUCUUUUUAAGUGCUCCUAUGAUCACUUUCAUACCUUUAAAUAUUCCUGAUACCAGCCUACCUGCUUGAGUUUAGCUACAACUUAGUAUGACAUCAAUACAGAUUAACAUCUUUAUUCAGCAACAUCUAACUCUUCACAUGACAUUUGGUAGGAUAUGAAGAGCUCGUGAACAACAGAAGAAAGAAUAUCUGAGACCUACAGACACUGUUUUUUCCUUUUGGGGAUGUUAAUAAUGUUGUGGAAUCCAAUUGUUUUCUUCAAGUCAAUAAAUGCUUUAAUGUGUU